AUGAGGGAAAUCGUCCACAUCCAAGCCGGGCAAUGCGGCAACCAAAUUGGGGCUAAGUUUUGGGAAGUAAUAUCAGACGAACACGGUAUUGACCCUACAGGAGCCUACCAGGGUGACUCCGACCUGCAAUUGGAGCGCAUUAAUGUAUAUUAUAAUGAGGCCUCCGGGUGUAAAUAUGUACCGAGAGCCGUUCUCGUCGACCUUGAGCCUGGCACCAUGGAUUCUGUAAGGUCCGGGCCAUUCGGACAAAUAUUUCGCCCGGACAAUUUUGUUUUCGGGCAAUCUGGUGCCGGUAAUAACUGGGCGAAGGGACACUAUACGGAGGGGGCCGAGUUAGUGGACUCGGUUCUCGAUGUAGUCAGAAAGGAAGCGGAGGGUUGUGACUGUCUGCAAGGAUUUCAGUUGACGCAUUCUCUUGGCGGUGGUACAGGUUCGGGGAUGGGUACUUUGUUGAUAUCAAAAAUAAGAGAAGAAUACCCCGACCGGAUCAUGAAUACAUUUUCGGUUGUACCCAGUCCGAAAGUGUCGGACACUGUUGUCGAGCCUUACAAUGCUACGUUAUCAGUCCACCAAUUAGUGGAGAAUACGGAUGAAACGUACUGUAUCGAUAAUGAAGCGUUAUAUGAUAUUUGUUUCCGCACACUGAAAUUGACUACACCGACCUACGGUGACUUGAAUCACUUGGUAUCAGCGACGAUGUCUGGGGUCACUACCUGUCUACGUUUUCCCGGUCAACUAAACGCUGAUCUCCGUAAACUUGCUGUCAAUAUGGUUCCAUUUCCGCGCCUACAUUUUUUCAUGCCAGGUUUCGCACCGCUCACAUCGAGAGGCAGUCAACAGUAUAGAGCAUUGACUGUUCCAGAACUUACUCAGCAAAUGUUUGACGCUAAGAACAUGAUGGCGGCGUGUGAUCCUCGCCACGGUCGGUAUCUGACUGUAGCUGCUGUGUUCCGCGGCCGCAUGUCCAUGAAGGAAGUGGACGAGCAGAUGUUAAAUAUACAAAAUAAAAACAGCAGCUACUUCGUUGAAUGGAUUCCCAAUAACGUGAAGACGGCCGUUUGCGAUAUUCCACCUCGUGGACUGAAGAUGUCCGCCACAUUUAUUGGUAACACAACAGCUAUACAGGAGCUGUUUAAGAGAAUAUCUGAACAAUUCUCGGCCAUGUUUAGACGAAAAGCCUUUUUGCAUUGGUACACUGGCGAAGGGAUGGACGAGAUGGAGUUCACGGAAGCUGAGAGUAACAUGAAUGACCUGGUGUCGGAGUACCAGCAGUACCAAGAUGCGACGGCCGAUGAUGAAGGGGAAUUUGACGAGGAAGCGUACCAAUUUAGAUGUUUCUUUUAA